UUUACUAUAUCAGCUGUUUUCUGUAUAUUUUUUGCAGAAUGUAUGUUUUUCUACGAAUAAGAUCUAAAUAUGACGAUUUUGUAUAAUUUAAAUGCUGUUCACUGUAAGUAUGAACCGAUUUUUAUUAGUUUUAUGAAUUAUUUUAAAAACUAAGCAUAGGUUAUGUUGCCCCCAAUUAAGUUGUGAAAUAUAGUGUUUAUUUUUAGCUUAUCAUGUAUAAAACUUGCUGAUUACACAACCCAGCUUUCUCUACUUAAUAUACUUAUGGCAUAAUAACUUUUGUUUAGUGGUCGUUCGACGUAGAAAAUUGUGAUAUAUUCUAUUUCAUAAGUGUUGUAAGUUACCAUUCACAACAGAUUUAUCCAAAAUGGACGCAAAAGUAGUUCUUCUAGUCAUAUUCUUUGUUGUAAGUGUAAAAUGUGACGAAAAAGUAUUAAAACAAGUGGUUAUUCUAAGUAGGCAUAAUGUAAGGACUCCCUUGGCUAAAAAUUUAGGCAUUAUGACACCAAAACCAUGGCCUCGUUGGAAAGAAAAAAGUGGAUAUUUAACUCAAAAAGGUGCACUCCUUGAAGGUUACAUGGGCACAUAUUUUUCUGCUUGGCUGAAUGAAGAAAAGCUCUUGCCCAAUCGUUGCCCAAAUAAAGAAGAAAUUUAUGUUUAUGCAAAUGUGAAGCAGAGGACAAGAGCAUCAGCACAAGCGUUUGUUAAAGGAGCUUUUCCCGGUUGCAAUGUAACAGUACACCACAACGAUUCGGACAAAAUGGAUCCUAUUUUCAACCCCGUAAUACACAAUAACACUUCAGUGUUCAUACAAAUUGCAAUAGAAGAAAUGCAACAGCGAUUGAAAUCGUUACAACUUAACAGCUCUUAUGAAGACAUUGCCAAUAUUUUAGAUUAUAAAAAUUCAGAAAUUUGUAAGAAAGAGAAGAAAUGUGACUUAAUAACGGAUUUGAAUAAGAUAAUCAAUAUUGAACAAGGAUUGAAACCGAAUAUAAAUGGUCCAUUAAAAAUAAGUAACUCUGCGAUAGAUGCUUUUAUUAUGGAGUUUUACGAAGGAUUUGAAAAUGUUGCUUGGGGUUUAUUAUCUGACGUAAAAAAGUGGGAUAAAAUUAUGCAGCUAAGCAGAGGUUACCACAACGUAAUUUUCAACACAUCUUUGAUUGCUAAAGAUAUAUCUAAACCGUUAGUCGACUAUAUGUCUGAGAUAUUUUUAAACAAUGAUUCGGUGCCUAAAGUGAUUUUACUUAUGGGUCAUGAUGCAAAUAUGUAUACGGUUUUAAAUGGUAUUGGGUUUAAACCAUACACUUUGCCUCAUCAGGAAGAAAUAACUCCUGUGGGUGGAAAAAUUGUUUUUCAAAGAUGGUAUGACGUAACAAAUAAAAGAGAUUUAUUGAAAAUUAAUUAUGUUUAUCAAUCUAGAAUGCAAUUGAGGAAUGGUGAACAAUUAUCAUUGAAAAAUCCACCACAAUAUGUGGUGUUAGAGUUAGAAAAUUGUAAAAUUGAUUCUAACGGUUUCUGUUUAUGGAAAGAUUUUGUAAAAAUAUUAAAUAAGUGUUGAUAUAAAUAUUACUUUACUAUUAUGAUUAUUUAGUAAAGUAAAAGCUUUAGAGCUUAGUUACGUUAAGUUUUAAGAGAAUGUGCUGUUUAAGAAAUAAUAACAAAAUGGCCAAGAUUCCUACAGAAACGUUCUAAAUUUAAGUUAUACCCAAUAUUUUCUUAUCCGCCGAAAAGGAAAGGGAUGGAUGAUUGACAACUGUUAAUUUUAAAAUGAAUGAGUGAAUGAAUAAAAACCAGGGUGAACAAAAUAGGCAAAAAAGGCCUAAAAUUGACGUGUGUUCGAAAAAUUUUAUGCCUGUCUAUUACCCGUCCUUUUCUAUAUCGGCGGAUAAGGAAAUGACAGGUAUAACUAAAAAUAAAAUUAGAUAGUGUGUAGACACCUAUGGGGAUUAGCACCACUGUACCUAAGUAUGUCUUACAAUAAUUAGAACACUACUUAUUAUGAGAAAAACAAAUAUUAAUGAACAAAUAUGACUAUAUUUAUUUAUGUGACAAAUUUUUAGAUUCACAUAGUUGCUUAGGUAAUUUUG